AUGCCACCGGUCUUGGAUCCUGCUCUAGCCACUCUGCUUGCUGGCUUUUGCCAGCCUCCGACGACAAAAGUCGGUCACUGCAAAAGUUGGCCCUCCCCCUCCUCCCCCUUUCCCACUCCCCUUUCCCCCGCUUUUUUCUUUGUAACGAUGCACCGCUUAACGGGUAGCGCCGUUGGUCGCUGGGGGCUCUCCCGUCGGGCGAGCACAGCGCCUACUUGGCGUCCGCCCUUGCUCACGACCCUUUCAUUUGUCCUGAUAACCGAAAACCAAACCAAUCCUCCCGGGAACAUGUGGACUCGUCGUCCGCAAGACCUAUUUGUGCGUUCAAGUCUGUCCUUACCGCCUGAUAAGAUCUCCCAUGUGUCAGUGUGUGUUUGCGUGGGUGUGUGA